UCGUUUUUAAGUUUGUUCGAAAGAGUCAUGGUAUAAGGUUCGGAGAAGGCGUUACAUACGCGAUACACACAAUAUUGAAAAAAUAUAAAAAAAAUUAGAAAAAAAAGAAAUAUUUAAGUGAAAUUUCAAGUUUGAAUACACAAAAUAAUAAUAUCUAUUAUUUAUAUAUGUAUGUGGUGAAAAGUUUAAUUCGAAAAUAGUACAACGAGUGAAGCUAUCAGAAAAAAACACAAAUUAAAUUAAUAAUUAAAAUAAAAAAAAAACAACUCAACAUUUUUUAAAGUAAAAUCUGAAAUACGUUGAAAUAAUUUUCAAUAAAACAAUUUCAACGUUAUAUAUUUUGUGAGUUUUACUCGUUUGAACGCGGAAACGUCGGUAAAGCGGAAAUUAAAGUUGAAAAAGUUAUAACUAAAACAGUUAUACAAAACAAAAAAAAAAACAAUCUAAAAACCAUCGUCAGCAUAUAAAUUGUACAAAAUUAAAAAUCUGCAAUAUAGACAGUAUAAAAUACAUCCAUACAUACAAACAAAAAUUUAAAUAAAAAAUUUCCUAUCAUCGUUUUUUCAUAAAAAGCAAAAUAGUGUGAUUUUUUGUUUCUUCGGUACCUUGUUUUUAACAUAUUGAGGUUGAGAGCUAAAAACAAAGUGAAAAUUUAUUUUUCUGUAAAAAGCUAAAAAGAAAUCAAAUCAAAUAAUUAAAAAAUAAAAAAGCAGUGUUCAAGCGAAAUCAUAUUGCUGAAACAACACUUUAAAUUAUACAGAAAACGCUUUGUAAAGUAGAAGAAAAAAUUCCCUCAAGUUUCGUAAAAUUUUUUUGUGAUAUUCGAAAAAUUUCCCACUACGUAACGAAGGUGAUUUCUUCUUUCAUUUAUUUAUUGUGUAUUUUAACGCAACAACAACAACAAAAGCUAGCCAUCUUAUUUUUCUCAACACUACUCUGGGAAUUUUAUUACAAAUUUACAAGAUACGUGCGUGAGAAAGAGACAGCAUUACUACGGUUUUAAUCAAAAUAAAACGACAGCAAAUAAACACCAAUAACAACAACAACGACGACAAGAAACUAAAUGGUUUACAAAGUCUAAAGACCAAAAUUUAAUGCGCAAUAAAAUACAUCAAUAUAAAAAAAGCAGUAAAGAGAAGGCGAUAAAUUGGAUAAUAAGAGAAUCAUCGCACUACAACAACAGUUAACGCCAGUGACGACAAAAAAAAGUGAGAAGAAGAAUACGACGAUAAAGCGUUAGCUAAGGAUAAAAACAACAACAACAAAAAAGUUAAAACAAAUCAACAGACUGAUUAAAUUUAUAAUAAUAAUAAAAGAUAAUAUAAUAAUUUAUAUAUAAAACGCAAAUAUAUAUAGAAAAGUAUAUAAUAAACAAAUCUUAUAUAUAAUAUUGUAAAUAAGACAGAAGAGAGAAGAAGCAGAAAAAAGUCGAAGUCGACGCAAAGCGAAGGAAUCAAGGAAGUGCGGCGAGAACUAGAAGGAUAGAGACGACUACGACGAAGAAGAAAAAAAAGGAGAAUAAUUAGAAGCAGGACUCGCAAAAAGAAAAAAAAACCAUUUAUUUAAAUAAGCGUUGAUUUUAUUGUGUGUGAUAUUUAAAUAUUAAGCAUUAAUUUAAAAACAAAAAUUCAAACAAAAUUUUUGAAUAAACCAACUAAAUAAUCAGACAAAGAUUACAAACAAAUAAUAAAAUAAAAAUAUUACUCAAGAACCAAAUCGGAAAACAAUAAAAAUUGUACUAUGACAUACUCGCACAAUAGCGUUAGUAAAAAUCUGAAAAUGACAACAGCAGCAACCGCGGCGGCGGCGGCAUCAAUACGUUCGAAAAAUGGAGCAGGAGGAGCCGGUAAAGCCAGCGGAGGCGGCGGCGGUAAUUCACCACCAUCAACACCACCCCUUAGUGCACAUUCCAACAGUAUUGCUAGCAACAGUACAAAUUAUCAUUAUCAUCAUCAACACCAGCCGAUGCUGAGUAGUUCCCCUCCUGGUAGCAACAUGUCUUCGGCCAUAUCAACCAGCUCAAAUUGCAGCAGCUCCUCCAGUGUAUCAUCCAUAGGUUCAAACAGCAACGGUAGCAGCAGCGGCUAUUUCGCCUCAAUGCGUAAACAACAACGCCAACAACAGCAGCAAAGACGCUCGCCCCAGCAGCAGCAGCAACAGCAUCAUAACGAUAGUGGCAGCUAUUAUAACAACAACAACCAGAGCUAUCAUUAUCAAUCGCAACAGCAGCCGGGCAGUGGUGGCAAACGGUAUGCCGGUAGUGGGGGAAGUUCGCAAAAGUAUCGUGAUGGGCAGCGAUCGCCUCAGAACCAUCAACGCCAAUCGCCCGCCUCGAUUUUAGGUGGUGGCCUAAGUAUAUCACCCGUUAUGUCGAGCAACAGUGGAGGCAAUAAUUCGGCACGCAAGCCACGCUCCAAGCACUCAAGCCCCUUACUGUGUAUUGGUGGUGGUAAGAUCUCACCUACUCAUCCUCUCAUUCCCACCGCCCUCACUCACUUUGCCGGCAGCAAGUGUUUCGAUGCCCCAGCACCCACUGCUUUGCCCAAACCACCUGAACAUUGGACCGGUAGUAAGAGCGCCGAGAAGGCUAUCGCCAGCAGUGCUGGUCCCGGCCUCCAAAGUGUUUUAAACGCUACUGCUGCCAGAACUCCCCAUCACAAUCAUCACAUCCAUCAUAACCAUGGCUAUGCACAUGAUUCUCACAGUUAUGGCGGCCAUGUGGUCAAGUCCUCGAAGCGUAAUUUGCUCGAUGAUUUUGAUACGCACAAUUUGAAAUUGUUGCUAAAUGUGCAAUCGUAACCGCAUUGUUAGUUUAACUAUAAAAUAAAGUAAAAACGCCAAUAUAACUUAAAAUAACAAUAACAACAGCAACCGCAAACAAUGUUUUAACUUUUUUAACAGCAACAACAACAACAAAAUCCGUCAACAAUUACAACAAAUAUAUGUAUACAUAUUUAAAAAAAAAUCUUAACAAAAAAAUAAAACAAACAAACAAUAAUCCAAAUCAUCACUCUAUGCCCGGCAGCAGAGUUGCUAUGAAAUACAAUCCCAAAACAUUCGAUGAUAAUGAUGGUGGUGGCAGCUCUCUGUCUGUCUGACGGCAAGUGCUUGUGAUCUCAAGUUUAUUACAAAGCAACUACAAAUAAAAAUAUAUAUUUUAACUUUAAAUUAAAACAUACAAACAAACAAAUGCAAAAUACACUAAUUCAUCAUAUAAUUUUAAAUACAAAACACAACAAAAAUAAAAUGCCAAAAAUGCAAAAUUCAUAAUCAUCAAUUUAUAAUAAAACAAAACAAACAAAAAAAAAACAAAAACUCUUAAACAACUGUGACUUUAUAUAAAUUAUUGAUAAUUUUAUUUAAUUUAAUUUGAAACCAAAAAAUCAAAGAAAGAAAAAUCUUUAAAAUCUACAACAGAAAAGUGCUAGACAAAACAAUAAAUAAAACAUUAGUUUGGAAUCGGUUUAAAAGAAUAUAAAAAAAACUAUAAGAAUAAAUCUCAAAAUAAACAUUUUUCCUCAUGAACAAUAAAUUAAAAUUUGAUUUCGAAAGUGAUAUAUAAAAUAGACUUGAUUGUAUUAAAAGAACAUUUUAAACUAAAAUUAAAUAAUAAUAAAAACAAAAAACUAUUAAAAACCAAAUACUAAAGACAGUAACAAACAAUUCAGUUUAAAUUAUAAUGAAAACAAAAUAAAAAACAUGUUAAAAAAGCCCACCAAAUAAAAUACAUUUGCAAAACUACAAGAAAAAGCUUAACAACAACAACAACAAAUAUAAUACAAUAAGAAGACAUUUUCUAAAACCCAAAAGACUCAAAACAAAACAGAUAAUAAUAAACAUAAAAA